AUGGAGUACAAUAGUUCCAGUUCUAAUUUAUCCUCAGUUUUUGAAGAUAGUACCAAGGCGGGAAUUCCGGAAAAACGAUUAAAGAAGACUGAGAAACGUGAAAGAACUUAUAGUUUUUCAAACGAGUGGGAAAGUGAGAUAUUUCAGAUUGGAAUAGAUAAAGAAACGUGUUACUGCCUGCUUUUUGGAAAAAGGAUUUCGAUUAAUCAGAAGCGAAAUCUAAAAAGGCAUUUUGAUACCUGCCAUGCUGAUGUUGAUCAUUCGCAUCCUUUGGGAAGUGCACUGCGCGCAGAAAAGUUACAACAACUGAAAGCUGAAUAUUCUCAACGCUGUGGGAAGGUAAAAAAUGAAGAUAUUGUGAGUACUAAUCCUCAUGAUUGUACUUUAGCGUCGUUUGAUAUUUCCUUCCAAAUUGCGAAAGCUAUGAAACCUUUCACAGACGGUGAUUUCAUUAAAAAUAUCAUUAUUCAAGCAGCUUCUAGGUGGUUUCCAGAUGAGGAUAACCGAAGAGAUUUUGUGAACAUUGUGCAAAACACGCAUCUUUAUCCUGCUACAGUCACGAGAAGAGUGAAUGCUAUGGCAGAUAAUGUUCACGAACAGCUUAAUAUUGACCUCAAAAAAUGUGUUUGUUUUUCACUUCAGUUAGACGAAUCGACAGAUAGUCUGAUACUGCUCAGUUAG